AUGGCAAAUGAAAUAAACACUGAAAACGAUUCGACAGAUGUUGAUAUCUGUCGUGUAUGCCGAUGUGAAGGUACAUCUGAUCGACCACUCUUCUAUCCAUGUUUAUGUCAUGGAAGUAUUCGAUUUGUCCAUGACGAUUGUUUAAUUCAAUGGUUAAAAGUAUCACGAAAAGAAGAAUGUGAAUUAUGUGGAACAAAAUUUCGAUUUACACCUAUUUAUCAUCCAUCAAUGCCACCUGGUCGUUUACCAUUAAAAGAUUUAAUAAAUGGUUUAUUACAUACUUUUUUUAAAGCACUGAGAUAUUGGCUUCAUUAUCUUAUUGUUGCUUUUUGUUGGCUUGGUGUUGUACCUAUAACAGCUAGUCGUAUAUAUCGAUGUCUUUUUGCUGGAUCAAUAUCAUCAAUUCUUGCAUUACCAUAUGAUAUCGUUUCUACUGAUCAUUUAUUUACCGAUGUACUUCAAGGAGGUUUAGUUGUUUUCUGUUCACUUGGUGCUUUUAUUUGUUUACUUUGGUUACGAGAACAAAUUCUUACUGGUGGUGGACCUGCUUGGCUUCAACCAGCUGAACCUGAACCUGUUCGACAACCGCCAGCAGUACCACAAAUUAAUAUUGUUCCACCAGUAGCACCAACAGACGAAUUACCUCUUGCUCCUCUUCCUCUUCUCCCACCUCAACCUCUCGCUCCUGUAAUUGCUGAACAACCAUUAGCUCAAAACGAACCUGAACAUGAGGAAGUUGCGUUCGUUGAUGCUGUUGAUGAUGAAGAUGAUGACGAUGAUGAUGAAGAAGAACAAGCAAAUAUAGUUAUUCCACCAGCUGGAGCCGCUGAAAAUGCACAAAAUCAAGAAAAUAAUCAUAAUUGGAUUGAUUGGGAUCGAGCAGCUGAUGAUUUAACAUGGGAACGAUUAUUAGGUCUCGAUGGUUCAUUACAAUUUCUUGAACAUGUAUUUUGGGUUGUAACACUUAAUACAUUAUUUAUUCUUAUAUUUGCUUUUGCACCUUUUCAUCUCGGUAAAAUAAUAACAUCAAGUAAAACCUUUCGACAAAGUGUUAUCAAUACACGUUUUGAAACUCCGAUUAAUACUUUGAUAACUUAUGGUUGUGUUAAUGCUUUGAUUGGUUAUAUUUUCAUAUCAUUUUUUCUUUUAAUUACAUUUACUGUACUAAGUUUUAUCAAUUAUUUAACACGUAUACGUCGUCUUGUUGGUCUUGCUUAUGUUGUAUUAAAAGUAGCAUUACUUGUUAUAUUGGAAAUUCUUCUUUUUCCAUUUAUAUGUGGAAUAUGGCUUGAUGUAUGUUCAUUAAGAAUAUUAAAUGAGCGUACAGUAACACUUAAUGAUCGUUUAUUACAAUUUCAAAUAAGUCCAGGAACAAGUACAUUUUUACAUUGGUUAUGUGGAAUGGUAUUUGUUUUUUAUUUUGCAACAUUUAUAUUUCUUUUACGUGAAGUUUUACGACCAGGUGCAUUAUGGUUUUUAAAAUCUAUAAAUGAUCUUGAUUUUAAUCCUAUACAAGAAAUGAUACAAUUACCACUUGUAUUACAUGUAAGACGUUUUGCAACAUCAAUAAUUAUAUUUGGUUGUGUUAUUAUUUUGAUGUUUUAUGUUCCUGGUGAAUUACUUGUACGUUUUAUACCAAAAUUUUUACCAUUUAAUGUUAAAGGCAGUCUUGAAACAGUCGUAAGUGAAUUAAUGAUUGAGUUUAUUUUAUUACAAGGUAUAUUACCAACAUUACUUGAACAAGGACAUACACGUACUAUGCUUAAAAAUUUGCUUCAAUUAUGGGUGGAAUUAGCAUCAUGGUUGUUAGGUUUACGUUCAUUUCUUCUUGGUGAUACUCCAUCAUUGACAAUAACAAAUACACCACAAGUUGAUCAGAAUGAUAAUGUUUUACCAAUGCCAAUAGUUGCUGUUCCUGAUCAAAUUCAAAAUCUUCAAGAUGAACAAGCACCACCACCUGCACAAAUAAUUCCACCAGCAGUAGCACCACUACUACCACCACCACCACCACCACAACCAGCGCCAUCAUCAUCACCAUCACAACCAUUUAUUGAACCAUCAUUUUUUCGUCUUCGUUUAUGUGGUCUUUGUUUAUUUACUUGUUUAUCAUUAGCAUUCCUUUCAAUCCUUGGUUUAACUAUACCAGCAACAAUUGGUCGUUAUCUUCUUGGUCUCAUAACAGGUUCAGCAAGAUUACAUGAAUUAUAUACAAUACUUACUGGUUUAUAUAUUCUUUGGCUUAUAACACGUAUUAUAUUUUUCAUUCGAUCACUUUUACCAUUUGAUAUUAAUAAUAUCUUAACACGCUUAAAAUCUUAUAGUAUUUUAUGCAUACGUGUUAUACUUUGUACGUUUUGUGUUAUUGGUUAUGUUCCGUUUAUGAUUGGACUUGCUAGUGAAUUAGUUUUAAUUAUACCAUUGAGCACAUCUAUUGAACAAACAGCUGUACUUACACCAUUGCGCGUUUGGAUCAUUGGUUUACUAAAUACAAAAAUUGCCAUAGCAUUGAUUAUGAGUGGUCCACAAUGGCGCUUAAAAACAGUUCUUGAACGUCUUUAUCAAGAUGGUUUACGUCGUAUUGAUUUUUCAUUUCUAAUUAAUGAAUUUCUUUUACCAUUUACACUAAAUAUUGGAAUGUUUAUGGCAUUUCCAUAUUUAGCUGUAUCACAUAUAGCACCAACAUUAUUUAAUCCAUCAACUGUACAUCAAAUUGAACGUUAUAUAUAUUCAGCUAUAAUAUCACUUAUGCUUUUAUUAGCAUUUGUUAUAUUUCAAAUCAAACAACUUCGUCUAUUAUUUGAACAUGUUCGUGAUGAAAAGUACUUGGUUGGUCGUCGUUUAAUUAAUUUUGAAAGAUGA